AAGUAAGGUAGAGAUUCACAAGAAUUGGGUAUCAACAAGUAUAUAAGAGGCCACUGGCACUAACAAGUAAUCUAGCUCUAACUGCACUCAAAUCAUUACCCCUUUAUUGCUACUGAACAUUAUCUAUUAAUACUCCUUUCUGCAUUCUUAAUUUUCGUUAAAAAAAAUGGAAACGGUACCUCGGAAGAUGCAAUCCAGGGCUAGCCGCCAUAUUUUUUCAGCAUCAGAUGACACUACAAUGACCAAAAAUGUUCGAGCCACCCAUGCUCCUGAUGAUCGACACGUUGAAGUUAGACCUCUUCUGAAUGUUGUCCAAGACAUAUUUCUCCGUGUUGCCUCUCUCAUCCCUGACAUUGUUAAGUUUGCACAGGGAAAACCAGUGCAAAUGGGUGCUAUGAAGGACAAUAUCCAGCAAUCAAAUCUGGCAGAGGUGCUGGAUAUUUCGUACCACACAAUCAACAGAAUUUCCUGCGAGAUAUGUUGCAAGUGUUCGAGUGGUGAUGUACAUGCCACGACCAUGGGAAUACUGAACAUGCUCUCAGGCUAUUCAUGGGAUGCGAAGGUGGUAAUUGCGUUAGCAGCUUUUGCAGCCAACUUUGGGGAGUUUUGGCUGGUGGCUCAGCUUUAUGCCACCAACCGUCUUGCUAAGUCUGUUGCAAAGUUGAAGCACAUCCAUGAAACACUUGAACAAGUGGAUGAUUUGGGACUAAAGUUCGAAACAAUCAAUAACCUUUUAAAGGUAAUGUUGGAUGUAACCAAUUACAUUGUUGAAUUGCAUGAGCUUCCCUCUCGGUACAUUGACCCUGAGGCGCCGGAGAUGUUGACUGCCUCCACUCUUAUCCCCGGUGCUGUCUAUUGGACCAUUCGGAGUACUGUGUCCUGUGCAUCGCAUCUUUUAGGCAUAACUGGCUUGAUUCAUGGAUAUAUGACAACAGUGGUAGAGAGUUGGGAGCUUUCCAGUUUGGCGCACAAGCUUGAUAACCUAAAUGGACACCUUCGCAAGCAACUCACCCUUUGUCAACUGCAUUUAGAUGACAACAAACAGAGAGAAGCAUUUGAAACACUUCGGCUCCUUUUUGAGACACCCCACCAAGAUAAUUUGAAGGCUCUUAAAGCUAUGUUUUGCAGUAACGAUAAUCCGUUGCCAUUGUUUGAUGGUUCUUCCAAACAAAGGGUUAGCAUUGAUGUAUUGAGGAGGAAAAUUGUUCUACUCUACGUAUCAGACCUACAUAACGUCCCUGAUCAAGAGCUUGUAAUAUUUGAACAAAUGUACCUAGAGUCACGUCAGGAUUCAACCAGGUUAGAGAGUCAGUAUGAACUAGUUUGGAUUCCAGUUGUGGACAAGGCAAUCCCAUGGACUGAAUUAAAGCAGAAGCUUGAAAAGCUGCAAUCAACGAUGUCAUGGUACUCAAUUUAUGACCCUUCUGUUCUGGAGCCUGCAACCAUCAGGUACAUUAAAGAAGUAUGGCUUUUCAAAGCGAAGCCUAUACUUGUUGUGUUGGAUCCCCUAGGGAAGGUUGUUAAUCUGAAUGCAUUACCCAUGAUGUGGAUUUGGGGAAGCUUGGCUUACCCUUUCUCUAGCUCAAAGGAGGAAGCAUUGUGGAAUAAUGAAACAUGGGGACUUCUACUAUUGGCAGACACAAUCGAUCCAUCGCUUCUGUAUUGGAUAUCAGAAGGCAAAUAUAUAUGCUUGUACGGAGGGGACGAUAUGGACUGGAUCCGCAAAUUCACAAGCACUGCACAAUCACUGGCAAAAGCUCUGCAACUACCACUAGAGAUGAUUUAUGUCGGAAAAAGCAAUCCCGGGAAGAAAGUUCAAGAAAUCAACAAUGCCAUACAAGAAGAAAAAUUGAGCAACGUGCUCCCUGACCUUGCGAUAAUUUGGUUCUUCUGGGUUAGGCUAGAGAGCAUGUGGCACUCCAAAUCACAACAUAGCAAGACAGUAGAGGAAGACCACAUAAUGCAUGAAGUAAUGAGAAUCCUAACCUACGAUAGUGGUGACCCAGGAUGGGCCGUAAUUAGUCAAGGCACAGGAACGAUGGCACAGGGCAAGGGAGAUACGUUUCUAAGGUGCCUGAACGAACAUAAGCAGUGGAUAGAAACAGCAAAAGAUAAAGGAAUCUUGCCAGCAAUGGCUGAUUAUAUACAAGGACUACAAACCCCUCACCACUGCAACCGCUUGAUACUUCCAGGUGGCAGUGGCGGGGUCCCAGACAGAGUGGUCUGCGCGGAAUGUGGCAAAACAAUGGAGAAGUUCUACAUGUAUCGCUGCUGUAACGAGUAAACACCUGUUCACAUCGCCUAUAAUGUGUAAAAAAACAUAUUUAGUGCUGACCAGGAUUGUAGGGCAUUCGUGCCAAUUGAAACUACUGGAGUGGAAUUUCAGGCUUAGAAUAAAAUCACCAUUUCAACCGCUGAAUGAAUAAAUCUUUCAUUCAGCAUAAUUUGAGUCCACCGAUUGCAUGAAUAUGUUGAAU